AUGGUGCCAAUCUUCAACACGUGUUCGAAAAUCUGUAUAGAUGUUAUCGAGGAAUAUGCACUUGACGGCAGGCCAGUGCCCAUAAAGGAUGUCAUCACUCGACUCACUCUGGAUAUGACAGCUAAAUGCGCUUUUGGCUACGAUUUUGAUGUUCAGCACAACAGAAGGUCGUCUUUCGUGGAAUUUGCUCGAAAAUUCUGCGAUAUCAAUCUCAGUUCUAGAAAAGUUGCCCUUUACUGUUUCCCAACAUUUGCGCCGUCUUUCCAAAGGAUCACUGGUAUCUCCAUCCUCAGUCAUGAGGCCAAUGAAUUCUUUUUCAACGUUCUCAACAAAUUGUUCCACGAAAGGAAGAACGGGAAUCAUUUGAACUACAAUGACUUCUUCGAUAUCCUUCUGAACAACUUUGUUGAGGAUAGUAAGGGUAGAGGCAAAGAUGAAGAAAUAUCCAACUUCGGAACCACCUCCAAAGGUCUUAGCAAAGGCGACAUUCUUGGGCAGGCGUUCAUGUUUGUUCUGGCUGGGUUUGAGACCACUCCAGCCGCACUUCACCUCACAAUCUACAUGCUCGCAGUUCACUACGAUUUUCAAAAGCGCUGUCGAGACGAAGUUGAACGAAUAUGUGGAGAAGAGGGCGAUAUCACUUACGCGAUGUUAAGUGAAAUGAAA